AUUCAAAGUUGUGUGGUCGUUCAGUUGUGUUCGAGUCGCCCUGCUGCACGUUACUACGUUUUACGUCUACGAAGCCGUCGCCGCAUUUGUGACAACUUUUUGUAUUGCAGAAAUACCAUCGACCAUCACAAUACCCGCUGCCCAGUGCCAAACAAUAAAUUUUUUUAUCACCAAGGAAACUUGUAAUAAAUAAUCAAGAUGCUCGCAAACUCCGCAAUGGAAAUGCAAGUUGAGGAGACUCCGUUGGCUUUGCGACGCCUGUGGAACCUGACCCGCGCUCGCUUAGCCGGCACUACCACUGCGAUUGAUGAACCGGAAUUAGUGGACAACUUUACUUAUGCCCAGGAGCCCGAGGAAAGACCGAAGGCUUUGACAUCAGCGCCGAGCGACUAUGAAAGUGAUGGUGAAGAGGCUUUUUCAGAGUUGGAUGUGCCGGAGAUUCCGGAGGUUCCAUGCAAAGGUUAUUGGAAAUCAAGCGUGUACGACAAAGAGGUUAUAUUGGACGCGAGCACCCUCGGCGAUGUGCCCGCCGUGUACCGUGUCCCGCAACCCGCCCCCCAUCAAAUGCCCGUCAUCGGAGUUUACAUUGACCCUAGAGUCAGAACCGGAUUCAGAUAUAAAAUUAGACCCAUGCAGGCUUUGGACGCACCACCUCUAUCAGUGAAGCCGAGGUACUUGUUUGACGGCAAGGCUCUGACGCUGCAAUCGAUUGGCCGCGGCUUCGCUCGCCGGCUGACAUUUGAGCCGAGCGAUUCCACUCUAAACGACAACACCAACUACUUCUGGUCGGACUCUAGACCCGAGGGAUUCCUGUUUGAGAUCGAAGCCGUGUCCGUCGGUGACAAGUUCACAAUUUAUGAUGCUAACCAUGAACCACAAGGCAUAUUAGAAGUUGUUCAGCAACAGAAGAAUCAAAUCGAAGUAAACCAGCUGAUAGGUGCAGAUGGCACGAUCGAGAAGAAAGUGAAGAUCAACACACUUUGCAAAGUAGAAUGGUAUGAGAACGAUGGCGCUACUAAAUUAGUACCCGUUACUGGAGUUGCUCUGCUGAAAAAAGGCCGUGGAAAUGCCACAGUUGUGAGAGUUAUCAAUGUUGCUAUCGGAAUCAAACAAUUGAAGAAAGGUUACGAACUAAAGCCCGGCGUUCAAUCUUCAUCAAGAAGAAUUAAAGUCAAUGGAGCUGACAUUAAAGAUAUUCCUUGCCAAUACAGCAUGGUGGGGUUGGAAAGAUACGAACUUCCAGUAAUUGGAACCUAUGUUGAUCCCCGUAUUAUUCCUGGAUUUUCGUACCGCGUGCGUCCUGCGAACAGUCGUCGCCAUCUGUUUGAAGGUCGGAGCUUAAUGCUGCAGUCCAUUGGAAUGGGAUACGGCAAACGUAUCACCUUCAAACCCGAUACUCUGAACGCACCGGAGAAUUACUUUUGGUCGGACUCUCAACCCGAGGGUAUCGGCAUGGAGCCUCGCGCCGUACACCCCGAUAUGAAGUUCUCUAUUACAGGAAAUGGGGGUCUUCUUGGCGAAGCGAGCGUAUUCCGGGCUGAUCUGCCUCAAAUAGAAAAGAAGACUGAAUAUGUAGACGUGCCGGGUAAGCGUGGAAAGGCGGUGGAGAAAUAUAUCCAAGUGGACGUGACAUGCCACGUGAAACUGGCCACCACUGGAGGAGGAUCGGUGGACUCCGAGGUGCAUCUAAUGAAGGUGUCGGGAACGGCGCUCGUGCGCAAGGACCCGGGGCAGCAGGCAGCCAAGCUGGUCAAGGUGUUCAACGUUGGUUUGGACUCGCAAUUGAACCUGCUGUUCGCACACUCACAGACAGAGCUAACCUUCCACCCCAUCCCUUAAGCAGUCACGAGAACCGAAUGGUAUUGCAAUACAUGAGAAAGUGCAAGUUGCGCUUCUCGAAUUGUAUUGUGAUAUCAAAACAACCCAACUGGCGCGACUUAGGUUUCGUCAAUUCAAACUGGUUUGGUCACGAGUUUGCAACCGAAAGGAGGUCAUUAAUUGUACCUUUUGCUGUUGGCAAUUCGGUUGUAGAUUCGUUGUCGCAGCGAAAGCGAAGAUAAUGAGCUAAAUAACAUCAAAAUGCUCUUCUCAAGUUCGGUAUUAGGCUUUCGCUGGCAAUGAUUGCCAUAACAUCUCUGGUUCCUUAUCAUUCUCUAUAACAUUUGUUGAUAAUUUCUUAACAUAUGACAGUUAUCAACAAUCUUAAGAAGGAUGAGAUUUUCAAUUUUCAGUUAUUGUUUGUUUUAAUUACAACUUUGUUAUUGCGGAGAGAGUAGAAAAGACUAGUAACUAUGAGCAAAAGACACGUCAAAAUUCAAACUUCACACUUUAUGUAUACUCAUAUGUAACUUAAACUGGUGAUCAUUAUUAUAAAAUAUGUUUUCCUUUCAAUAAAAUUAAUUCAAAUACAAA